GUGAAGCAAAUUUUCGAAGACGAUUGCGGAAGCUGGAAACAAACCAAUUAUACCUCCGCUCUGUAUUUACUUCAAAAUGACGAGGUUAAAUAUAUUUAUGAGAAAGGGGGGAGAUUUCGCAUAAGAUCGCGCCACGGAAAAAAACUGUCAUAUCCAGUUAUUGAGCCACAACCCAAAACGAGUGAAAUAUGAAGAAUUGGACGUUAUUAUGCUCGGCAACCAACUGGCUAUGAACGACGAAUCACUUGGAUCGAUGGCCACAUUGGUAUGAAUGUGGCAGUAGUGGAAUACAAGGGCAUAUUUCCUGGUCAUACACCCCAUGGAAAUGCAAAGAUAAACCAACAGGCGUACAUAAGAACAUCAGCAGACUUUAUGGAAAAUAUUAUAUCUAAAUGUGAAUGCGUUACUGCAAAAAAACUUUAUGUUAAUCUUCAACAACAUGCGGAGGAAAACCUCAGAAAUCUAAGACAAAUCGAAAAUGCGAGGUUCAAUCAAAAAAAGAAAAAGCAGGGAGCAGGAAUAAAAAUAUAUCAUAAAAAUUACGCUGACGAGAUAUUAGAGGUCAUUAACAUGGCGCAAACAAACGAAUUUGUACAAAAAGUAACCCACAGUAAAAUGGAAUCUGUUAAUGUAACUUUAUUCUUUGAAGAGCAAUGCUUGGAUCUGAAGCGGUUUUGUUGCUCAGGUAAAACCAUUCUUGGGUUUGAUAAAACUUUCAAUUUAGGACGAGUCUACGUCACAGUUACAGUUUUCAAAAAUCUUUCCUUGCUGUCAUGUAAAUCCGGUGAACACCCAUUGUUUUUCGGUCCUAUAUUUUUACACCACAAAUCUGACAAAUCCACAUUUACAGAAUUUUUUACCAACAUAAAAUCCAAACUUGGUAGAAAGUUGGAUAACUUGACCGUUGGUACUGAUGACGAAUCGGCCCUACACGGUGCUUUCACAUCUUCUUUCCCGGAUUCAACUCAUGUCCUUUGCAGCAGACACAUGAGGGAAAAUUUGAUAAAUUAUCUUAAGGAUAAGGUCGGUACCAGUGUAAACCUCCGGAGAUCAAUUGUUAGUGAAGCUUUCGGUUUGUUUCAUUGCCAAAAUGAAAAAGAGUUUGAUUCAAAGACUGAAGAAGUCGUAUCGUACUGUAAAACCAGGUGCAAAGUCACAUACAAAUGGAUACCUGUGGACAAAUAA